AUGAUGAAAGGGUUCAAAAACAGGCUCACGCGCAACAAGAGCCUGUCGCUGUCGAAAAGAAGCGAGAAAAAAGACGCCAAGGAGGUUGCCUCCAAAGAUAAAGACGCUGCCAAAAAGCCCCUGUCGCUGGUCUCCCUGGUGGGGCUGCUGAUGUUGUCUCCGGCCACGGGCGGUAAAACGGGAAGCUCCAAUUCGUCGCUGAAGUCUUGCUCGCCCACCUCCUCCAGAAACGAGUCUGAUGGCCUGGCCGCCGCAGCUGACGGAAGAGAUUCGAGUCAAGAACUCUCCGAUAAGCCAAUUGCACAGAUGGCCACUGUCGGGGCUAAUGCCAGCACUGCAAACGCGAAUGCUGUAUCUCAAUUUGCCCUGCAAACAGCGCUGCCUCGCACUCCGCCUCCGCCAGGCCUGUCGCUGCUGCAACCACUGCUGUCUCCAAAAAUCGUCAUCAACGAGCCUGUGCGCACCUCGCUCGCCAAGACCACUCCAAUCGUUCCCACGCCCAGCUCGCCAAACUCCCAUUCGGCUGGGCUUGCUAUGGACUCGCGGUUGGCCUCGCACUCACAGCAAGGCCAUCAAACUCCCAUCAAUCCAAACAUAACAUCGCCUAACAAAGAACCCAUAGACAUUGACUUGAUUGUCACACCAAAAAGACACUCCUCUUCGCGUUUCGAGCCACUGAACUCGGACAGAAAGCGUGAGAUAUCCAAACUCCCCAAUUUUGACCAGGUGCCCCCUGAAGAACAGAUUUCACUCUUUAUUCAGAAAGUUGAUCAAUGCAACAUCAUUUUCGACUUCAGUGAUCCUACCCACGACAUCAUUGGGAAAGAAAUCAAGCGUGUCACCCUACAAGAGUUGAUUCAAUUCAUUGUGAGCAACAGAUUCAACUACACAGAGGAAAUGUACCGUCAUGUGAUUGCUAUGUUCAAGAAGAACUUGUUCAGACCAAUUCCUCCUCCUGUCAACCCUAUUGGUGACUUGUUUGAUCCAGAUGAGGAUGAGCCGGUGUCGGAGUUGGCUUGGCCACAUAUGCAAUCCAUCUACGAGUUCUUCUUGCGUUUUGUGGAGAGCCCUGAUUUCCACCACCAGGUGGCCAAGCAGUUCAUUGAUCAUGAGUUUGUUCUAAAGAUUUUGGAGUUGUUUGACAGUGAAGAUCCUAGGGAAAGAGACUGUUUGAAAACCACUUUACACAGAAUCUACGGAAAGUUCUUGAGUUUACGUUCCUUCAUUCGUAAAUCCAUUAGUAACGUUUUCUUGCAGUUCGUCUACGAGACCGAGAGAUUUAACGGAAUCGGCGAACUUUUGGAGAUCUUGGGUUCAAUCAUCAAUGGCUUUGCUUUGCCUUUGAAGGAAGAGCAUAAAAUAUUUUUGAUACGUGUUCUUCUCCCACUUCAUAAAGUGAAGUCCUUAUCCUUAUACCACCCUCAAUUGGCCUACUGUGUUGUGCAGUUCUUGGAGAAAGAUCCUUCCUUGACGGAAGAUGUUAUCAUGGGACUCUUGAGAUUCUGGCCAAAGAUCAAUUCCCCCAAGGAAGUCAUGUUCUUGAACGAAAUCGAGGACAUUUUCGAGGUGAUGGAGCCAAAUGAGUUUGCCAAGAUCCAAAUUCCUUUGUUUGCUCAAUUGCUGAAGUGUAUUGCGCUGUCUCAUUUCCAGGUGAGUGAGAAAGUGUUAUGUUUCUGGCAAAAUGAGUAUUUCCUCACACUUGUGACGGAAAAUGCGGAGGUAGUGUUGCCAAUCAUAUUUUCGUCCCUCUACGAGCUCACAAACGCAACACAACCUGGAGCUGCCAAUGGACAAUGUCAGCAGAAGCUACUCGACAAUCCUAACCAGUUGACCGACGCCAAUGGCCAUUUGGUCGAUGGCAACCUUGUGAUGCAUCGUGACUUUGAAAUCAACGGAAUCCGCCUGGGCGGCCGUCUGGCAGACGACUCUGCGAUGCUGCAUGACAUGACCGACGAGGAAUAUUACGAUCUGUUCCUGUCGCCACAACAGAAUAUGGACAUGGAUGAAUUCAGCAACAUCCCUCCACAUAAUCUGGCUACUUCCAACUGGAACAAGAGCAUUCAUCAAUUUGCCUUUGGCGCGUUGAAGGUAUUCAUGGACCAUAAUCCAAUUCUUUUCGACCAUUGCAUCAUGCUUUACCAUCAAUCUCUAGAGGAGCAGAAGGCUCGUGAGAUGGAAAGAAAGCUUGGAUGGGAGAAGAUUGAUGCUUAUGUGAAAAAGUGCAAGGAUGAUGCUCAACCAAAUGGAACCAGCGACUGGGCUAUGAAAAGUACGUGA